AUGACGGUGCUCGUCCUUCGAAGGGUCCUGAUCAUUUUUCACAUCUUCUGGCAAUGCCGCUCUCUGAGUUUUGCCCAAGUGAAGUUUGGAAAGGACGCGGAGGGACUUGUUGGAGGGCAGGUUGGACAUCCGGCUGUGAUUGUGAUCCCUGAGCUGCUCGGGAUCACCGAAGAUGUGCGGAAGCAGGCUACCAGGAUCGCAGAGGAAGGAAGCUUUCGCGUUCUUAUCCUGGACCUCCAUCAGGGAGACGUUGGCGGCAAAGAUGUAGAUGCGAAUGCCCUUGCGCAGAACAUCAGUCUGGAAGCUGUGGUGAAUGACAUCAGCGAGGCAGCAGCAUACCUGAAGUCCGAAAGGUCUCCCAAAGUUGGCAUUGUGGGAUUCUGCAUGGGUGGUGCCAUAACCUUUGCUGGUCUAGCGACUUCUCCUGACAUAUGCUGUGGGGUGAGUUUCCUCAGCAACGGCGCGUUUCUGGGGGUCAGCCCCGAAACGCUGGAUGUUGACGCUCUCGCUGCGAAGCCGGUGCAGGGCCAUUUUGGAGCGGUUGACGCUGGUACCGGCCUACCAGAUUCAAUGACUGCCCAUUUAUUGGAAGAGCGCUUACGAGCUGCAGGGAAUUCGGAUGCAACGGUCUUUGUCUACGAGGACUUGGGCCACUCAUUCAUGAAUGAGAGCCCGUUUCCCUUCUCCAGCUUCAGAGAGAGGGAAGCGGAGCUGGGAAUACCGGUGUAUGAUGCAGAGCAAGCAUCCCUAGCGUGGAGUCGGGUCUUUGAGUUCCUUGGCUGGCAUUUGGCAGGGCGGACGCCACCUACUGACGACCUAGACGACCUAGACGACGAUGAGAUGGAGGGUCUGGGCCAGGAGCCGCAGACACCUGAAGCUUUGUCAAAGGAUGACCUUUGA